CGAACAAAAAAAAAUGUUUACUUUUAAAUAAAAAAGCUAAUACUUUUAAUUUCUUAAAAUUAAUUCUAAUUUAAUUACAGCUAACAGUGAUUCUUGAAAAUAUAUAAAUAUAUAUAAAAAAAUGUGGUGUUAAAAGAUAAAUGGUAAAUCACUCGUGGAACCCUAACGAAAAGUGAAAAGGAACGGAUCGCACCUCACUUGCCGUUUACUUCCGAUUUCCAACUUCCCGCGGAUGGUCGUCUCGACAAAACAAAAGCAAAAUAAAUAUAAGAGUGAAUAUAAAAAAAAUGUGCGGAACGGAUCGGCGUUAAUUAUAAAAAUGUGUGAACGGAACGUGAAUAAAAGUGGCGGACUGGCCGGCGCGUUUUUUAGAAUAAAAAAAUAAAAACAUUUAAAAUGGCCAAUUUUAAAUUUGGAAGUGCGCGCGGAAUAGUGGCGUUUAGAACACUGAUGUUUUUUUCUGUGAUAGCUAGAGUGUGGUGCUCAGGAACGGAGAAUGACGUUUUAACAUUACAAGACGAUUUAGAUUUGAAAGAAGAGUUACCAUCGGAUAGGAGAAGGCCGGCCAAUGAACAGGAGAAGGAUAUAUUACUUUUAGAUGCAUUAGGAAGAAGAAAGGGAUAUCAUCAUAACUCGUACAGUUCUUCGCAGGAAGACGAUUCCAUUAUGGAUUUAUUGGGGAAAAUGAUCCCACAAACGUGUCGAUACCGCGGCGUGCGGUACGCGUGCGGUCUGAGCAUAUCAUGCGUGCUCGGUGGCGGGAAACCGUUAGACUUGUGCUCGGGCGGCAUGAUCUGGGCGUGCUGUGUCGACAGAGACACAACUGAGAGGCCCACCGAGCUGGCUCCUGUAGUCCACAAUGCUAGUGACCUUAUUGAACUCAUCGGCACAUUCCCCCACGAAAACUAUGAUUAUCAGAACACAAAUCAAUUCGAGGACCCUAUCAUCAUCUACGCAGACACUAACCGACCGAAACCGCACCACAACCGGCCGAAACCGGGCACUAACCACCCAGAACCGGAUCAGAACCACCCGAAACCGGAUUGGGAGUACAACCAAAACCAUUACUUCCACGUGAAACCCUCAUAUCACGAGAGCACAACCACAAAACCUACACAGGACGAAUUUUACACCCCGGACCAUUACCCGGGUCAAAAUAACGGAGACGGUGGUGAUGAUUAUGUGCCUGUCCACACAAACGGUCACAAACCGCAGGGACCUAGUUAUCCGGGUUGUGGCGAACAUUUCACAAGGUCGAAUCGCAUCGUGGGAGGUCACUCGACAGGGUUCGGCUCGCACCCGUGGCAAGCUGCCCUCAUAAAGUCAGGGUUCUUGAGCAAGAAGCUCGCUUGUGGUGGCGCCUUGAUCUCUGACAGAUGGGUGGUCACCGCGGCGCAUUGUGUGGCCACGACACCAAACUCCCAACUCCGAGUCCGUCUCGGCGAGUGGGACGUACGCGAUGCGGGGGAGAGGUACUCCCACGAGGAGUACGCGGUCCAGAGGAAGGAGGUGCACCCCGCGUACGAGCCAGCCGACUUCAGGAACGAUGUCGCGUUAGUCCAGCUGGACCGGGGCGUGGUCUUCAAACAGCAUAUAUUGCCUGUAUGUUUGCCACAAAAGCAGGUGAAAUUAGCUGGCAAAAUGGCCACAGUAGCCGGCUGGGGAAGAACAAGGCACGGGCAAAGCUCUGUCCCUUCAGUAUUGCAGGAAGUGGAUGUGGAAGUGAUCCCGAACGAGCGCUGCCAGCGCUGGUUCCGCGCGGCCGGCCGCCGGGAGACCAUACACGACGUGUUCCUCUGCGCAGGGUACAAAGAGGGUGGCCGUGACUCCUGUCAGGGCGACUCCGGAGGCCCCCUCACGAUGAAGAUGGAAGGGCGGAGCACCCUCAUCGGCCUCGUGUCGUGGGGCAUCGGCUGCGGCCGGGAGCACUUACCUGGAGUGUACACAAACAUACAAAAAUUCGUGCCUUGGAUUGACAAAUUGAUCAAUCCGUAAUUGUGAUUAUCAAUCGUCAUUUCUAACUACAUUUCAUAAAAUCGUAAAGUCAAAAACGUACAUUGAAGAAAUGUUUUUAUGAGUAUGUUAUGUAGCACUAGCAAUCCGACCCGGCUUCGCACGGGUAAAGAAUGACAAUGUUCUUUUUAUAAGUGAAAGAAUUAAGAAAAAAUUUGUGUUAAAUCAGUAUGAAAAGCAGAACAGUGGAAAACCCAAGCUUAAUUUAAUUUUAUGGAGGGUUUUUUUUUAAUAGAUGACCUAAUGAUAAUGAUAGUUGAUUGAGUCAUCGUCAUGUAUAUAUACACAUAUAUAAUCAGGAAAUAAUGAUAUGUUUUCCAAAGGGAACCGCGUGGAGGUCGAGCUCAUUCAUUUGCUAGCUUAUACACGCGCAUUAGAAAUGGAGCUUCUAGUCCACAUUAUUACAUCCUCAUCUCCCUCUACAACGAAAGCUACAACAUCACAAGCAAAGUCGCGGAUAUUGCUUGUCUACACUAAUAUUAUAUUGGGAUAUGGCAGUGAAUUUACAGGGUACACAGAUAUAACACUUGAGUCCUUAGGAAUGGCAACGCA